GAGCGCGCGCGGGGCGGGGGCGCGCGGCGGCCGCUGUGGCCUGUGGCGCCGUCAGCCGGCGUAGCAGAGCGAGGCGAGAGAGGUGCAGCUCCCGCUGCGGCUGGCGCUGCCGUUGGCCAGGCGCGCGGGGACGGUUCGGAGCUGCGCCGGGGCCGCCCCACCCUCCCGCCGCCGUCCUCCGGUCCGCGGGCCGCGCCGUCCCGUUAUCAUGUCGUUGAGGCAGCGCCUGGCCCAGCUGGCCGGCAGUUUGCAGGAGCCGCAGAAAGUGGCCCGUUUCCAGCGGCUGUGCGGGGUGGAAACGCCGGCGAGCCGCACCGCCACGGCCACCGCGGACCCAAGGGAGGAUGAGAAGGCGGAGGCGCCCCCCGCCGGAGACUGCCGGCGCCGAGAGCUGCAGCUGGGGGCGUCCGGAGGCCCCACGCCGCCCGGGAGCGACCGCAAUCAGUGCCCCUCCAAGCCUGGUGGCGGCGGCGCCCCCAACGGCGUGCGGAACGGGCUGGCGACCGAGCUGGGCCCGGCCUCAACGCGGCGCGCGGGCGCCCUGCGCCGCAACUCGCUAACGGGCGAGGAGGGCCAGCUGGCCCACGUGAGCAACUGGCCUCUCUACUACCUGUUCUGCUUCGGCACGGAGCUGGGCAACGAACUCUUCUACAUCCUGUUCUUCCCCUUCUGGAUCUGGAACCUCGACGCCCUGGUGGGCCGGAGGCUCGUGGUCAUCUGGGUGCUGGUCAUGUACCUGGGCCAGUGCACCAAGGACAUCAUCCGCUUGCCGCGGCCCGCCUCGCCGCCGGUGGUCAAGUUGGAGGUCUUCUACAACUCCGAGUACAGCAUGCCCUCCACCCACGCCAUGUCCGGCACGGCCAUCCCCAUUUCCAUGAUCCUCCUCACCUAUGGCCGCUGGCAGUAUCCUCUUAUAUAUGGACUGAUUCUUGUUCCCUGCUGGUGUUCUCUAGUUUGCCUAAGUAGAAUUUACAUGGGAAUGCACUCCAUUCUGGAUAUUAUUGCUGGAUUCCUAUAUACCAUUUUAAUCUUAGCUAUUUUCUAUCCAUUUGUGGAACUGAUUGACAACUUCAACCAAACUCACAAAUACGCUCCAUUAAUCAUCAUCGGGCUUCAUUUAGCCUUGGGGAUCUUUUCUUUCACUCUUGACACCUGGAGUACGUCCCGAGGAGACACAGCUGAGAUUCUAGGAAGUGGUGCUGGAAUUGCAUGUGGAUCUCAUUUUACCUAUAAAAUGGGUCUAAUAUUAGAUCCUCCUCUGGAUAUAUUACCUUUAGCCAGGCCCCCCAUUUCUGUGACUCUGUUUGGAAAAGCCAUAUUGCGGAUCCUCAUAGGGAUGGUAUUUGUCUUAGUGGUCAGAGACACAAUGAAAAAGAUCACUAUUCCUUUAGCCUGUAAAGUCUUCAACAUACCAUGUAGUGAUAUUCGAAAAGCAAGACAGCACAUGGAAGUUGAACUUCCUUAUCGGUAUAUUACCUAUGGAAUGGUUGGUUUCUCUAUCACAUUUUUGGUUCCUUACAUAUUUUUCUUUAUUGGUAUCUCUUGAUGGAGAGAUAUUAUUUAUGACAAGAAAGAAGUGUAUCAGUUACUGAUAUCUAAAACCAUAUUUUAGUUAAAAGCCAAAUCAGAGUUAGGCUUUUGCAGGAAUUUAACUUAAAUAAUUAUUUAAGUAAAUUCAAGAGUCAGUGCAUUUUAUCAUUGCACAUCCAGUUAUUGUUUUAGGCGAGCUGAGUUGUUUUUAACACUGAGAAAAGUAUCCAUUUGGAAUGUUCAUAUAAUAUUUGGACAGUUUUGUGCUGUUUUGGAUUCAAGUUAUAUAUAAUAUAUAUUAAGGAACAUAAUAUACAAUUAUGUAUCUAAUAUAUGUUAUAUGUAAAAUAAUAUUCCUACUUUUUUUAAACUAUGGGGUGUAUUAUAAAAUCAGUAAUAAUAUGCAAACAGUUGUGCCUGUGUAUUUGGACUUAAUACAGGUAUGUUGUUAUUAAUAGGUAUAUUUAAUGUUUAUUUACUGUGGGAGCCAUUUCCUAAUCAAAUUGUAUAAUUACUAGAACAAAAUUCCAUAUACUACCGCAUAUUGAUUUACUGCCUCUUUUUACACUGCCAUCUCCUUUCAUGUUACCCAUGAUGUUGAACAUGGGAGGCAUUUUUAAUGAACCAAAUUUUCAGAAAAAUUAGUUUUUGGAUCCUCCCCCCCAGUUCUGUACGCUGUGUUGAAUGUACUUUAUUUGCAGUUGUUCUUUAGUUUAAUAAUUCAGGUACUGAAUUUUAUUGUCUGCUAAUUGUGCCUUUCUGUUGCUGAAUUAAGAAAUGCCAUAUAUACUGUGAUAUAAAAAUAAGAUGCUAACUUUAUCUUAAGUUACAUAAUCAGGCAAAUAUUUUAAAAAAAUAUCUGUCAAGCUAACAGGGCUUGAAGUAAACCCCUUCAAUUCUUUAGCCUUUGUUUAGAAAGAAAUGUGGAAUAGGCUGAACUUUCUCACUAAUUUAUUGGGAACCUAAAUGGAUAAAUAUUUCCAUUUUUGUAGGUAUUUUUCUGUGCAUUGUAAGUUACAGGAACAAGAUAUAUUUUUUGUACAUUGUCUUGAUUGUUUAUAUUGCAGGUAGAUAUUUCCAGUGAAUAGAAAGGUAAUUGAAAUUUAUAGAUGGGACAAUGCACAUGUUUCAUAUGUAAACAAACCAUUUUUCUAAAUUAUUUAGAAAAUAUUGGAUUUAGCAGUGUUAACUUUUAAUACCCAUUUAUUAGCUAGUUAAGGUAAAUUAUAAGAUUUAAAACUCAGUAUUUUAGAUCCUUUUUUAAAAUUUUAUUUUAUUAUUUUCAUGGUGGAUAAUUUGAGUGUUAAGUAUUAAACUAUCCUUUAGUCUGUCUGUGCCUUUAUACUUUGAAGUAUGAUCGUAAUUAGGUUAACAUUCAGUUUAUUUGUAGUAAGUUUUUCAUAAAGAAGAGAAUUAACUUUCCAUGUAAAUGAGCAUCAGGUAUGGAAUUACUGACUUAGUGCAAUAUCUGUCUGAUUAUCCAGAAGUAUCAACUUAAGAUGUGUCUAUUUUGGGCAGCAUAACUAUUUGAGCUCAUAUUUUUAUAAUUCUAAUUGAGAAUAUACGGACAUGGUAAUUUUUACCAAUAGUGAAUCUGACAAUUUUAAGAAAAGCAACUAAAUUUUAGACUUUACCUAUUAGUUAAAAGGAAACAAAGGCACUUAGGAACAUACCGGUACGUUGGAAAAUGUGCAAAGAACUUUUCUUUCAAAAUGUAUUUGAUGGAUCGAAUUUUAGGGACUAUUUCCCAUAAUUUGGGUCUAUGCUAUCUUAUUAAUUUUUAUAUCUAGCUUAAAAGGUGUUUGAAAAUAUUCCAUUUCUUUGUGAUUUAUUAUUUUCUGUCCUAUGAUAGUUCCAUGCUAAAUGUAUUUUAAAAUAAAAGUCAAAUUCAGUAUUGAA